GCGUCUUCUGGCGGUCCAAUGGAACCCGACACGAUGGGGCCACAACCGACCACGGGCGAAGCGGGAGAGGAGUAUAGGACAUCGCCCAAUCGAGCUCUGAGGGAUCUGAAGGAACGAAUUAGGCGAGAAGCACCGCUGAGAUGGGCUGACCAAACCAAUGACGGAGGGCCCGACGUAAGGGGCGAACCAGUUGCGACAGAGCCGCAAGAGGCUCUAAAGACGGGUACCUCGAGCGGACGACGAGAAGCGACGAGGCGACGCUCCCCCGAGUACGAGCGGAGGGACACCAUAGCGGACAGGCACAGAGACAACUGGAGAGAGAGUCUGAGGGAUUCCUAUUGGAGAGACAGAGAUAGAGACAAGGCGCUGCCUAGGCGAGUCUUCGACCCCCAGACAGGGGAGUCACAUCCGCUCCCUUACGAGAGCAAGAAUCGCUAUAUUAUUAUGCACAAGGCCUCAGAGCCUCCUACCUUCAGGGGCUAUGGUAUCACAGAAUAUCUGGAGAAGUGGGAGCUUCACGCCAGCCGGAGUCRGUGGUCGGAGGAAGAGAUUAUAGAGAACUUCCUAUUUAAUGUGGACCCAAGUCUCGGUAGGGAAGUUAAGGAAGCUCGACCGAAGGAUGGAAAAUUGACUACUUACAAGAAGAACCUCGUUGAGCUUUACAAAUUGGAGGAUAACAAGUAUUCCAUCAAGGACCUUGAAACAAUGACUCAAGAUGAAGAUGAGAGCGUACGGGCAUUUGAGAUGCGUUUCCAGAAGAUCUCYGACGUGCUGAUGAAGAAGGGGAAGAUCUCAGAGGUCGAGCGCUGUACUAUCUUCAUCGGACACUUGUCCAAAGGUAGGCAAAAAAAUAUACUUAGAGAUCUUCCGCGCGACAGGCUUGAUUUCCCAGAAGUCCUAAAGCUCGCGAUAAAGGUCGAGGCAGACGAUUACAAGGACUUGGUGUGGAGAGGGAUGAGGAGACGUGACUUCCCUCUCUACAAGGAGUAUGCCACGGAUAGAUGUCCUGAUUUCAAGGACUAUCCCUGGUCGGAAAAGAAUGAGGCCGUGGCUGAGGAAGUGAAGGAGAUACGAGACAUGGUGAAGGGAUUGACGAGACAGAGGUCGGGUCGAGAUGGCUACAGAGGUGGUAGGUAUGAAAGAGGAGAUUGGGACUGGGAACGACGAGAUGGGUCGCGCGGACGGUUUGAGCGAGGGGGAGAUGCGAAAGAGCAACGCGACGAGUCGCGGGGUUGGUACAACCGAGGGGACCGACGCGAUGAGUCACGUGGGCGAUAUGACUCGGGGAACCACCGGAAUGAUUCGCGAGGGCGGUAUGAGCAAGGAGGGUCUGGAGGAGACCGCCGCAACGAUUCGUGCCAUCGGAAUGAGAGAGGGGGAUAUGGCGUCUCAUCAGAACCAUAUCCCAAGUCGCCUGACCCCAAGGCAGCCAGGAGUUCGAUCUCUAGAAGCGCAGACAACAGGCCAUCUACUCCCAGGGACUCAUACGUCUACUGUAGAGGAGAAGAUAAUAUCAAGAGGGAUUGCCCGUACCUCAAACAGGCAAUAGAUGAGGGACUUGUCGUGCUUGACGACCGCAAGUAUGUCAAGUGGGCAGAUGGUCUGAGAGAUGUAUCGAUGUUCCCUUCGAUGAAGGAGAAUGUCGAAGCAAGGAGAGUAAAGUUGAGUAAAGAAAAGGAGCCGGUCAGGAGCCAGAGCAUCAAGAUAACCUUUGAGGGGGAUAUGGCGACCACACCCAUAAGGGUGGUAGCCACCAAGUCGGCGAGAGGGUCUACAUCGAAGAAGACUGACACGGAUUACGUGAUGAUGGAGAAGGACGGGCAGCGGGUCGAUGGAGAGGAGGUUAUCCUUUCACCGCGAAAGAGGGGAGUGAAGAAGUUCUUAAUGAAGAGUUCGCUGGACGAGAUUGACACGUGCUCUAUUCUAGAGUACCUGGCGGCAUCGAAGCCGGCUCGUGAUGAGUUACAGAUGAUCACGCGGAAGACUCGCAUAUCUCUAUCGGAGGAGGGUCAAGGGGCCCCUAAGGCGGAAGCUCCUACAGUAGCAGUAACGGGGGUGACAGCCAGAGCAGAUCGCAUGGCGACAGUCCUUCUCGAUGGAAUGGAAGGUCUGCCUCCAGACAAGUUUUAUAUACUUGGUAGUGGGGCCGUGGAGACGACUAUAAACGAUGGAGCGAUACUCGAUGCUGUGAUCGAUAACGACAGUGAGGCUGUCAUCAUAGACGAGGACCUGGCAGUACAGGUUGGACUGGGCCUCGAUAGGUCAUACCUAUUCGAGAUAGAGACGGCUGAUGGGAGAAAGCAACAGAUCACUUGGGUUUGUCACAAGGUAGCCAUAGAGCUCCAAGGGGUACUAGUGACCCUGCAUGUCUUUGCAGUCAAGAACUGCAGCUCCGACCUGCUCUUGGGUCGAACGUGGCUGAGCCACGUGCAUGCGGUGACGAUAGAGCGACCUGAUGGGAGYYAAACAUURUYCAUUARGAAGYYWGACGGGACGCGGGUAAUGAUUGAGACAGUGGAGCCUCGGGACCCGAGGAACAGAGCAGCUCUCGCUGUGGGUGCGAGACCCAGUGAACAGAUUAAGUCGUUACCUAUCUCCGGCCACGCGGUGCGAUUUCGCGAUAAGAAAUAUGGACCACUGCUCACAGAGGAAGAAGGUCGGAUUGUGGAGGUGAAAUAUUUAGGGAGUCGAAUGAUAGUGGACGGCAACUCGUACCCAAAGGAAAAAGAUGAGGAAUUUGGCAGUGUGGUAUCCGUGUCUUUUUUAAGGGCACGGCCCCCUAUGGGGGGCUACCCAAGCGACACAAGUGAGUAGCUCAAAAAGUUAAGCCAGCGGUGGUGGGCCACGAGCGAUCUGCACUGGAAGGGAUAUCGGAAGAAGAGAUCGCGAAAGAAAUCAAAGAAAGAAAGAAAAAGGAGCCACAACGCCUGACGGAAGAGAGGAUAGCAGGGAUGGACAUCGGAGAUGGAAAUCUGACCCCACAGGAGCGAGAGCAUGUGAUAGAAAUUUUGAAGACAUGUGAUAAAGCAAUAGCUUUCAG